UCGCAGCAAACUCCGCCCCUCCUCCCAGCCAAGGAUCUCGGAAAAGCCCCAGGCCCGUCCAGCAGAGGCCAUUCCUCUGAGACCACAGGAGCUGCACCAUGCCCAUGACGCUGGGUUACUGGGAUAUCCGCGGGCUGGCUCUGCCCAUCCGCCUGCUCCUGGAAUACACAGACACCAGCUACGAGGAAAAGAGAUACACCAUGGGGGACGCUCCCGACUAUGACAGAAGCCAGUGGCUGAGUGAGAAAUUCAGACUGGGCCUGGACUUUCCCAAUCUGCCCUACCUAAUUGAUGGGACUCACAAGCUCACGCAGAGCAACGCCAUCCUGCGCUACGUGGCCCGCAAGCACGGCCUGUAUGGGGAAACGGAAGAGGAGAGGAUUCGCGUGGACAUUCUGGAGAACCAGGUUAUGGACAACCGCAUGCAAUUCGCCAUGAUGUGCUACAGUCCGGACUUUGAGAAGCUGAAGCCCGAGUACCUGAAGGGGCUCCCUGAGAAGCUGCAGCUGUACUCGCAGUUCCUGGGGAAGCGGCCCUGGUUCGCAGGGGACAAGAUCACCUUCGCCGAUUUCCUUGUCUACGACAUCCUUGACCAGAACCGGAUAUUUGAGCCUGGGUGCCUGGACGCGUUCCCAAACCUGAAGGAUUUCAUGUCCCGCUUCGAGGCCCUGCCGAAGAUCUCUGCCUACAUGAAGUCCAGCCGCUUCAUCAGAGUGCCUGUGUGUGCGAAGAUCGCCACAUGGACAGGAGUAUAGGGCCCUGGAAGGAGGUGGGCGUGGCGCUGGGAGCUCAGGUCUCCCUGGUCCAGCUUCAGGCUUCUCACCCCUUUCUCCUCCAUCUCCCUACCUCCCCCUCCCCCAUCAACCUGCUGGCUGCCUGUGUCCUGAGCCAGCCCCUCCCACGCAGGCUUGGCCAGGCUCAGCCCCCACCCUUCCCCACGUCCCCUCUAAGGCUGCUCUUCCCGCACUAAGCCGACCCCACGGUCCUCGUCUCUCUCCGUGGGCCCGGUCUGAGCUCCCAGACUGCCAGAAACAUGGCUGUGCCUGGGCUGCGGCCCUGCUCCCCAGCGGGGUCUCCCCAGUGCUGUCUGGUCCCCAGGAGGGCCUGACCUCAGCCGGGCCCUUCUCACCCCUGUGAUGCCCUGACUGGGCGCUGACUGUGCAGACCUUGUUGGAUUUUCUUUGUUCUGCUGCCCACAGCAGGGGCUGGGUGGGCAGGAUGAGUGUGGGGGUAGUGCGUGCUCAGGCAGGGCUAUGAGGGAUCUUGUUCAUUUCCGGGCCCUAUCCAUGUCGCUCUGCUCCUGGCCCUGGGUUUCUCCUCUGCCCGGGUUCCUCCUUGCUUCACCCUGGAGGGAGGGCGCCGAGGGCCACGUGCAGCCGUGCGGGGUUCUGAGAGCCGCUGGGCUGAUGGGGACGGGGCUGAGCAGGCUUGGGCAGACCCCUCUGUCACCUCCUCCCAGAAGCUUUCCCUGAUACAGAUGUUCUCAUCUACAGUUUCAGGAUGUUUCUCAAUAAAAGAUCCCA